CGAGAGCUCUGGGAUCCACGUUAUAUUUCAAUGAUCCCCUUGGCAUCAAUGGCCCGGCUCAUCCGACGUCUUUCAGUCCCACCUCCCCUCUUUGGUUUUCCUGCUCGGCCGUAUCGUGUAUCUGAGAAUCUUCAGCCUCUUAUUCUCUUCUCAUGAAAUUUUCAUAGCUUGUUUUUUCGCGGUAGGCCAUCGCACUAUGCUCGUGAGGCCAUCCCGAGUUGCAGUGGUCCUUCUGCUGAUUAUAGCCACUAUUUUGAUUCGGCGUUCCUCAGAUUCAUGUUACGAGAACCCAGGAAAUCCUUCUUCGAUACCUGUCAAACAAUUAUAUCUUAAUGACUACGGACGUCAGCAUGACCAAAAGGCUCGCGCCGAAAUUGUGGAGCCAAGCCUAAAAGCUGCGCCGAAAGUCGCCGCUGAGAAGGCCAUCGUGAUGGGAAGGCUUGCAAGAGAUGAUGUUGAUUGGGUUGCUCAGGACUUGCCAGAUUGGGAACGCUACAUAUACACCGUGGAUAACGACAAUUCAACCUUACAUACGGCUGUCAACAAAGGGAAGGAAGCGAUGCCCUACCUCACCUUCAUUAUCGACAAUUACCAAAACCUUCCGAAGACCAUGGCAUUUCUACACAGCCAUCGCGGCGGAUGGCCUGAGGCAUGGCACAAUGACGCUCCCGGCUACAUGGCAAAGAACAUGUUGGACAAGCUGAAGAUCGAUUACGUGCAGAGGAAUGGCUACGCGAAUUUGCGAUGCAUCCACAAUCCCGGUUGUCCAGGCGAAAUGCAGAUGUUCCGGCAACCUCCACAGGGAGAGCUAGAAGUAGAAGGCUAUAUGCUAGAAGUCUGGCAGCGCUUCUUCAACAGCACAGCGCCGCCUCAUAUCAUUGGGACCCCAUGCUGUGCGCAGUUUGCUGUGUCUCGAGAUCAGGUUCUGAAGCGGCCACUAGAGGACUACGUGCACUUCCGCCGAUGGCUGCUAGAAACGGAACUCAUUGACGACAUAAGCGGCCGAAUAAUGGAAUAUCUGUGGCAUAUCAUAUUCGGUAAAGAACCUGUGUACUGCCCUGGGGUUGAAGAGUGUUCGUGUCAGGUUUUCGGUAGAUGUGAUGAAUAUACAUAUAAGGCGCCGCCUACUCAGUCUUCGGACACUCGGCUCAUUGAGGAUUCAGAUCGAAGGAGAAGCCAGGAAGUGUUUCAAGGACAGAAGUAGAGAUAGAAUUCCAUCCAUCUUAGCAGAAGUUUGACGUAUCAAGAAGUUUCUCCAGUAUUGGUAGAGUUGCUAAACAUGGUCCAGUCGAUGUGUUCAGGAUGAAGAAGAAAUAUGCCACAGUGUAAAACUCCCAGGUCACGGGACUAACGUCAUGGAAUGACGCUAGCCGACUGCAGAAUAGUAUAAUAUUUUUUUAAAAUGACCUCUUACGAAUCCC